UUUCCCAGUGGAGCCUCGGUAUUUACAACAAUAUUGUCUGAAGCCUAUCCCGGCGCUGCUGUCCAUCACAGACAGACAGGGAGUCAACCCGUCGUGGGACAGCUUUCUUAUUUUUCCCUCGCGUGCGAUGGCUGUCGGUUCCUGUUAGGACUUCUUUUGUGCAUUUUGGAGAUAUUUCCUAUCAUGUUGGCGAGUGAUAUCUGUCUACCUUGUGCACUGCAGUGGUGCGCAGCUUCGCCCGGAGAAACACCUGUGCGCCUCCUCUCCACUGGCCACAAUCAUGAAUGUUGAGUAGAUGGCUUCGCGGUUGGGUUUGAUGGUCCUUAAAGCAGCGGGGGGAUGUGGCGGCGUCUUGUUGCUGUCAGACAGGAUGUAGGGGAGGAUCUAUUGGAGCAGGAUUACCCGACCAUUUUUGGGAACAGAGAACCCUUAGGCGCGGUGUCUGUCUGCAUUUGUCUGAAAGAAAGAGAGCGGGAGCAGCACAAAUACCGCACAGCCAGGAAACAUGCAAGGAGAGACCUUCCCCCGUUGCAGACUGGUGAAAUGUCAGGACUGAAGAGCGAGUGUGUCAGAUCAAAUCAGCAGACUGUUUACAAUACGCGGGGCGAUAAGAGCUGCUUGACUCUAGACUCACUAACGCCCUGUGCCUGGUUUAAAGCCAUCACAAUCAAGAACAGACCUGUUAACUAAUCUUUCAUCCGUCAGAUUCAGCCAUCCAGAGCUGAGCCGAGAUGGAGUGGUCACUAGAGAAUGUGAGGGAGAUCGUAGCUGGAGGGAUGCAAUCUAUAAGGGAGUGUGAGAUCUGUGCUUUCGCAAUAGCCAUGUGUGUGCUGCUGCUGUUCAUGUGGUAUUGUUACAGGGUGGGCCGGGAGCAUGGCUCCAGCCCUCUGCGUGGGAGGUAUCUGGCUGGGCCCAGCCGAAUUGGAGGGGUGGUGGGGGGCUUCAUGAGUUCAGACUGCCGUGGCAGGGGCAAAGUGAAAAAUGGAUCAAUGCUCGAAGAGCAGAACGGCUUCGCCUUCUGCCAGUCGUCGGAAUGCUUCCGAUGUACCAGCGCCGGCGAGAGUCUGAACCAGAGGCUCUACCACAGCCUGCAAGAUUAUGCCAAGCGCUACACCUGGUCAGGUAUGGGCAGGGUGCACAAAGGAGUCAGAGAUCAAGGCCGAUACCUCAACAGUCGACCGACCAUCCAGCGACCAGAGGUCUUCUUCCUCCCAGACCUACCGUCAGCUCCUUUCUUCUCCAGAGAAGUACAGAGACACGAUGUGGAGCUGCUGGAGCAGAGCUUCCCCGCCCUUCUUGCUGAGUUUGAGAGCAUCUACCAUCAACCUCCAGCCCGCAACGGCUCCUCCCUGCCACCAGGAUGGAAAUCCAACAUCACUCCUCGGGGGCAGUGGUGGACCUACUACCUGGUCAACCAAGGCACCCCUCUGGUUCUUAAUGUCAGGAGGUGUCCGCGGGCCUGGAGGGUGCUGAGCCAGCUCCGCACCUUUAUUGCCAACAACGUGUUUGGAAACGCCUGCUUCUCAGUGCUGACGCCUGGAGCUCUGAUCACCGAGCAUUAUGGUCCAACAAAUGUCCGGCUGCGCUGCCACCUGGGUCUUAGAGUGCCCCCUUCCUGUGAGCUUGUAGUUGGUGGAGAGCCACAGUGCUGGUCUGAGGGCAGCUGUCUGCUUUUUGAUGACUCCUUCCUCCACAGGGCCUUCCACGAGGGCGGCGCAGAGGACGGCACCAGGGUGGUCUUCAUGGUAGACCUCUGGCACCCCAAUGUGGCCGCUGCAGAGAGACAAGCCUUGGACUACAUUUUUACUCCAGGCCGCUUAGAGGACAAGGAAGGGAAAUAGGUGUGAGAGAAAAACCAUGUCUGACCAAGAGACAUCUGCUGUUUAGGGAAGUGUCUGUAGGAUUGGGGAGCAACUCUUUUUCUGCCUCCAGACCAGCUCAUUCACUGUGUACAUAUUCUCCGUCUCAUACAGUUUCUUUCAUAACUCUUCUUAGCGGAUGACUAAGCAUUGGGCCUCUUUUAUCAAAACUUACUCUGAGCACAAUUGUUCAAAUCUUAAAAUACAGCCAUUUUAUGAAUGUGUGUUAACAUGUGACUUUAGCUUGUCGGUAGUUAUUUUAUUUUUAAUAUAUGAAUCUUCAAUGUAUUUGCAUAUGUAGAAUAAUGUGACUGAACAGGAAACAAUAAUAAUUGCCCAACAAGCAGUUCCCAUCAAAUGCAUUCUUUUCACAUUUUCCAACUUUGGGCCAAUUCUGGAGCAAAAUUAUUUCCAGAUAAGAUUAUUUUUAAUUUUAACAGAUAUGAUGAAUGGAUCUUUGCGAGCCAAAAAUAAUGUGCCAGCCUCUUGUUGUUAUGCUUCUUGGUCGGUCCGUAGACCAACCUAUUCUAUUCUCUACACAUGAACUGGAGCCAUUGAGUAAGCGUUUGUUGUCAUCAAAAUGUUCCUACUUACUAAACAUUUAGUGUAAAGAAAUUUUGGUGGUAUUACUUUACAUCUAAUGCCAAUUAUUUUAAACUCACUGUAACACCUGCAUACAUUUCCCCCAAGGGCUAAAAGAAAAGAUCAUUCAACUUUUUAUCUUCUAAACAUAUUCAGUCACAUUUUAAGAUACACAUUUGCAGUCAAACAAAAACAUGAUUGAUUGUCAGUGGAUAUGCAAAUUUUUCAUUUAAAAAAUACCCACUUCCGAAUGUGGGACACACUCUUGCCUCACGAGUGCAAAAUCUGAUUAAAGUGCUUAUUUACAUCAAAUCACAGCCAAGGUGACGCUGAAGGAUAUUUGCGUCUGUUGGAUAAUUGUCCACCUUCUGUUCAAAAGGUUGUCAAACACAUUGAACAAGAUAACAAUGUGUAGUUGCAUAGUGGCUUUACAAAUACUGAUUUAUGGUAAAUAAAUCAAAUUAUAAGAUAUGUAAACUAAUUGAAUUUCAUAAAGUGCUAUGUCGGUGUGAUAAUAGUAACUAAAGAUUGUGUUAAUUAAUUAAAUUAAGGCAUUUCUCGUGUCCCCUAUCAUAUUGGAAUUUGUUUUGAUAGAUAAGUGAUAACGGAGGUCCAAUGUUAAAAUCAUGACAUGACUUUUUACAGAAGCAGCUAAUGUCUCUGCCUGUGUGGUAGUUAAGUGUGCUCCCCUUGGAAAAAUCAACCCUGCUUUCAAAGACAUGGUUGGAUAAGCACACGUUAGGUCAAUUUGUGUGAGUGGGCCUGUGCUGUAACAAUGGAGGUGAAGCGUUUUUGGUAAAUUUACUAAACCCUUGUAAUUUGGUUGUAUUUGAUAUAAGGUUUGUAUUUCUGUAAAUAGGGUUGAGGUAAAAAAAAUGGAAAGGUCUGAGAUCAUUUACGAUAAUUGUCUUCAAUGCUAUAACUAUUGUGUUGUCAUGAUUUACAACUAAAAUGAUCACAUUUCAUUCUCCGUUACAUGAAAUCAAUUUUGAUAGAUUCAAUUUGUAGAUUCUGUAAAUUGCUUGAAAAUGAAGUACUAUCUCUGUUGUUAUGUGAUAUAUUUAUUUUUAAUCAAUCUGUAAUUUUGCAGUACCAUAUUAUUAUCAAAGCCACAAUCCUUAAGUCUUCAACAGCACUUCAUGGAUAUAUGUGCACAAAGGGUAGUGAAAAUUUAACUUCAGCAGCUUUACAGGUCCAUUGCAAUUAAAGAUACCCAUCUAUUCAAUUAUAAUGUUUACAAAAUGAUUUAGGAGAUGUACAACAUCGGCCAACACAGACACUCACAUUGAGCUGUCCAGAAUUAGAUUGAAAUCAAAAGUGCUUUUAAUCCACUUACGAGUGUGAAAACUGUCAUCCCCAAAGCAUUGCUUCAUAUGUGUAUGACGGGGCAACCAUUUUGUUUACAUUAGGAUUAAGGAUUUGUCCUUUAACGCAUUCUUGUGUGGAUUUUGAACAGUAUUUAUGUACAUUUAAUAAAUGGUCGAGUAUCUUAUUUAA